AUGAAUACUAUAUCUCCACCGCUUCAACAAAAGCCUUCAAUCGGUCACAACUACUUCCAGUCAGAACCCGAGUCAUUGUCUAAUCAAUCGGAACCUCAAUCCAUAACUCCAACACAUAUAACCUCCAAUAAGUCCGCUGCCAAGAAAAAGAAGGCGACAAAGACGACAUAUAAGCACAUCCCUCAUCGUGAGAAACCCAUACAUCUGGUGGCGCGAAGGAAUGCCCGCGAGAGACGGCGUGUGCAAGCAGUGAACAGCGCUUUCGUAAGAUUAAGGAAAUGCGUGCCCAUUGAGAACCGCAACAAACGACUGUCCAAAGUGAAGACAUUGCAUCGCGCCAUUGAAUACAUCGCUGGCCUUCAGGACCUCAUACGAGAGGCUGACCAGCAAGAAGGUAGUGUUGCCGACGAAUCCAAUGAGCAGCUCCUCAAUGGAUUCAUUAAAUCUGAGAUCGAGUGCACAGAAAAAAAGUUUAAUAAAGAGAAUAGAAUUGGAGAUCAGAAAUGGAUUGAAACG